AUGAUGUGCUUUCAUGAAGCCAUGGAUGAUUACAUCCCAGAUGAUAUGAAAACACUAGCCGGAUACGACUAUGUGAUCGAUAAGACUUGGAAUGGAUUACCAGUGGAUCAUGCCCCAAUUAAAGUGAAUAUGAACUGGCAAUUUGAAAAAAUUGAGGGAAAGCCACAUAAACGAGUAGUAAAAGUCAAUUUUGAGGCACCACUUUUCGAUGAUCCAGAACCUGAUGAUCCACCUGGUAUUCUCAACGACUUAUACAACUACGAAUGUAUUGAAUUUUUCUUCGCAAACCAAAAAAAUCAGUAUUUGGAGGUAGAAGUCGGACCACAUGGACAUUGGCUUUGCAUACUGUUCGAUGGAGUGCGAAAACCCUUCAACAAUGGAGAAGAAUUAGAGCUUGUUGUUAAUAAUAAAAUUAUUGGAAGCGAUACAUGGCAAGGAGAGUUGGAGAUUCCCCUAGCCUACUUCCCUGGAAACGUUACUAAGUUCAAUUCAUAUGCCAUACAUGGAACCGGUGAUGAAAGAGUUUACGAAGCUCUCUAUCCCGUUACAGAUGGGAGUUAUGAGGAGCCCGACUUCCAUCGUACUCAGUUUUACGGAAAAAUGAAUAUGCGACGGAUCGUGCCCGAAAACUACAUUCACCGUCCUUUCGCAGAUUUCAAAUAUGGUGAUUUGUGGAACGGUCUUUAUUAA